UGUAAGUCCAAUAGUAAUAUAUGAGCCCAGAUGAGGGUCCAGUUCUAAAAACAGACCCAGCCCAAUACAUGUGAAUCAUCGUGUCCAAAUUUGCUCACAUAGUUAACCCAACUCUGAUCUGAGGACCAUCCCUAAACCCUAAACCACUCUGCAGGUGUUUUAAGUAUCAACGCGCAAGCGACUGUGGCCUGUGGGAGAAGGAGGUGGUUGUCAGAUCGCUAAACAUUAACAAUGAGACCCCCAAGAGGCGGUCGGGGCGGCGGAUUCAGGGGGGGUCGUGAUGGUGGCCGUGGAAGAGGUGGUCGUUUUGGCGGCGGCAGGAGCGGUGGCUUCCGCGAUGAAGGCCCACCCACCGAAGUCGUAGAGGUGUCAACGUUUAUGCAUGCAUGUGAAGGAGAUGCAGUCACAAAACUUACAAAUGAGAAAAUUCCUUUCUUCAAUGCUCCUAUAUAUCUGAAGAACAUGACUCAAAUUGGUAAAGUUGACGAAAUAUUUGGCCCCAUUAAUGAAUCCUACUUCUCAAUUAAAAUGAUGGAAGGUAUUGUUGCUACUUCUUACUCAGCUGGUGACAAGUUUUAUAUUGACCCGAGGAAACUGUUGCCUCUUGCGAGAUUUCUUCCACAACCGAAGGGACAGCCACAGCUGCCAGAGGUGCCAGGAGGUGGCCGUGGUGGAGGCAGAGGUGGUCGUGGAGGAGGCCGUGGAAGGGGUGGCCCAAGGGGUGGGAGAGGUGGACCUCCUCGAGGUGGUGGCCGUGGGGGUGGUUUUAGGGGGAGGGGAAGAUGAGAGGAUCGUUCUGUGUAAUGUUUUUAUAGUACUUAAAUUAUUUCUCUUUCGAGAUAACAUAGGACCUUCAAUCAAAGGAUAUUCGAUGUCAGAAUUAGCCAUAUUUUUAAUUGAAUGAUUCCAUCGCGUGCUUCUUUAAUGAUGUUGAAUCUCAAAUUUCAAGUUUAUGUAGGAAAUCUCUUUAGGCAGAUAUUAUGAUGAAUUACGAACUAUUGCAAAGGAUGAAGGAAUCAAGAAACAAUUCCAUUUUU